AAUUACAAACCCCAACAACAUUACCUUACGUGUCUCCAACCGCCCUCACUGCCUUCUCGCGUUCCGCCACGUGUCCCCUAUUUUCCUCCCUUUUCUACCACCCCGCGAUAAAUAAUAAUAAUAAUAAUAAUAGAAUUUGAAAAUCAGAGUCCCAUUUUUUCUUAGAAAGAGAAAAAUUAACGUAAGUGUGAUAUGAAGUUCUAGCAACAAUGGUGGAAGUUGAGGAGAUAGAGCUGGAUUUGGGGUUGUCCAUAGGAGGGAGUUUCAGGAAACCCGUUGAGAAGCCAAGACCCGAUUCGGAAACAAACGGGUUUCUUUCGGAUUCGGAUCCGCGAGAGAGAAUAAUGGGCAUGGCCAUGGUGGGUGUGGAGGAUCCACAAUCGAAGCGUGAUAUUCAUGCCUUGAGGAGAAUGGAGGCGAAGAAUAAACGACAGCAGAAGAGGGUCAGAGAGUCCGAACCCGAAUCCGAAUGCCAACGGAUAUCCAAGAGGGAGAAAACGGAUUGUCAGAAUGUCAUGAGUUGUAACACCACCGUUUCCUGGACGACGCCGUUUCAUGUGCAGUACGUGCCGUUAAACAAUGGCUUUGCGUUACCGUGUUUGGUUCCGAGCGAUAAGAAUGUGGGUGGAAUAGACGGUGUUAUUAACGGUGGAGAUAAAAAAGCUGCUAAGUCUAAUGGGUCUUCAAGGUGUAGUUCUUCUGCGGUUUCGGAUUACCAGAGUUCUUCUCGUGAAGAUGGAGGCAGCACUGAAUGUCAUUCAGCUCAUUCUCUAGCAGAACCAAAUCAGUUGAACGGUUCCAAAGAAAUUAACAUCAGAAGCCAUCUUGAAGAAAAUGCUUCAUCUAAUCUAAUGAGAUCCAAACUUGACAAUAAUGUACAAGAGAGAAAGCACAUUGUGAAGGAAACUCAGCCAAAUAUAAUGCAGCCCAAGUCAAUGAACCUCAAGGAAGAAGCUGCAACUAACAACAAAUCACUUCCAAUGCCAAUUAACAAGCCUUUGUCUAAAGAAAAUUCAAGCAUUUUCCCCUUGAAGGAUACCAAAGUUGAUGUGGGAGAGCAUCCAAAACCUCUGUCUCAGGCUUCUUCCCUUCCUCAAAUGCCUUAUGUAUCAACAAAGGGAAAUGGACCAAAUGGGAAAACAGUAAAUGGGUUUUUAUUCAGAUAUACAAAAUCUGAAGUUAGCAUUGUUUGUGUCUGCCAUGGAAGCACAUUCUCACCUGCUGAGUUUGUGCAGCAUGCAGGGGGCAGAGACAUUUCACACCCUUUAAGACACAUUACAGUUAUUCCUUCUAUUUUAGAGUGACCUUUUUUUUAUAGCUAUUUUCAGUUGUGUAUCAAGAGACUUAGAAGUAUAUGAUUUUAAGUGUCAAUUUU